ACUUUAUAAAGAUGCGUAGAUCUAAAGGAUAUCAGGAUUUGGAUGAAAAUGUGGGCGAUUCUCGUAUACCAUCUACCUCUAUGCCUCCUCCACAGGAAAUUGAAAUGGCCUCAGUAUCGGUGGUCCCUGAUGAUACAUUUACGGUAACACAAGCUGUAAAUGCAUUGGGAUUUGGCUGGUUUCAAGUGAAAUUAUCUUUAUACACGGGUCUUUGCUGGAUGGCUGAUUCAAUGGAAAUGACAAUAUUAAGCAUACUCUCACCAGCUCUUCAUUGUGAAUGGAAUAUAAGCAAAUAUCAACAAGCUUUGACAACGACAAUUGUAUUUAUGGGUAUGAUGCUGAGUUCAACAUUUUGGGGCAACAUCAGUGACCGGUAUGGUAGAAAAACUGCUCUUAGUAUGUGUGGAGUAUUAUUAUUUUACUAUGGACUACUGAGUUCAAUUGCUCCAAAUUUUCUCUGGUUACUGUUUUUAAGGGGCCUUGUAGGAUUUGCAAUAGGCUGUGUUCCACAGUCGGUCACCUUGUAUGCUGAAUUUUUACCUACAAAACAAAGAGCAAAGUGUGUAGUUCUUCUUGAUUGUUUCUGGGCUCUCGGUGCGUGUCUGGAAGUGGCUUUGGCUCUGGUUGUUAUGCCAACCCUGGGCGUACAUUGGCUACUGGCAUUGUCAACAGUGCCACUACUUAUAUUUGCUCUUAUUUGUCCUUGGCUUCCAGAAUCUGCUCGUUUCCAUGUAGCGAGUGGUCAACCAGAUAAAGCUUUAGCGACACUUGAACAGAUAGCACAAGAUAAUGGUCGCCCAAUGUUGCUUGGUCGACUCGUGUGUGAUGAUUCUGUCGGCAUCGGGCAGCGAGGGCGACUGAAGCAUCUCCUUAUUCCACAAUUGAGGAACACCAGUCUAUUGCUUUGGAUUAUAUGGAUGUCAUGCGCAUUCUGCUAUUACGGGUUGGUUUUGAUGACGACUGAGUUGUUCGAGACAGACUCUGGUGGGGGUGAUAAGUCCUGCGCCGCGGACUGCCGACCUCUGCAGACCACUGAUUAUAUGGACUUGCUAUGGACUACGUUGGCUGAAUUUCCAGGUAUAUUUGCCACGAUAUUUAUUAUAGAAAAGUUUGGUCGAAAGAAGACAAUGGCCUUCCAGUUCGUCAUAUUCGCUGUCUGCGUCUGCGUUUUAAUUUAUAACGGAAAUCGAACAUUUUUGACUUGCGUUCUGUUCUUGGCACGCGGUAUCAUCGCGGGACUAUUUCAAGCAGCUUAUGUUUACACACCUGAGGUGUAUCCAACAGCAUUGAGAUCGACCGCAGUCGGCGCUUGCAGUGGAGUUGCGAGACUUGGGGCAAUGAUAACUCCGUAUGUAGCUCAGGUGUUACUAAAGAACUCGAUAACCAUAGCAACGGCGGUAUACUCGGUAGCUGCUUUAGCGGCUGCCGCGGCUUGUCUUGCGCUUCCCAUCGAGACAAAGGGACGAGAGAUGAAAGACAAUAUCACUGUUACCACUUAACAUUUACUGUUCCUGCAUAUCUAUAAUUCUAUACUAAACUGAACUAGUCCCGUUUUUAUUUAUUCGAGUUCUAAUCGUCAGAUUGUUAUCUAUGAACUGUGACGUUUUUAAUAGGUCCCUUACUAGUGAGGUUACUUAAAAGUUUUAGCAACAACCUUAUAUUAAAAGAGUUCGUUUAAAUAUGUUAUUUAAAAAAAAAAAACACUUUUCUAGCAAUCUCAA